AUGUCAGAUGACAUGCUUUACAGCGAGCCCAGAAACGGAACAGAGACUUCAGAAGAAAAGGCGAAGCGAGAGGAUGCCAAGGAGUGGGCCAACAGGCUCAAGUUUGUAAAGGAAAAGAAAAAGAAGGAACGAGAGAUCGCGCAGGAGCAGCAGCAGAAGGCGAAGGAAAAGAAGCUUGCUGGCGAUUUCGUCACGGGCCAGACGGUCGUGGCUACCCACGAUAUCUCCGUACGUGGCAAGAUCGCUGUGAAGAAGGGUUGGGAGGGUGUGGUGCAAGGACCUUCGCUGAAUCAUCCUCAAGAACGGCUUAAUGUCCUUUUUAAGGAGAGGCGUGACAAGAAGACCUUGUCCAUCAACGUGCUCCCCUUCGAGGUGCGGCAUCCCAAAGACGCGGAUGAUUGA